UUUUGCACAAGCAACUCACAAGCUCAAAACAAAAACAAUCGAUUUUUUUUUUUUUUGGAAUGGGGAGCAGCCGCGCUGCCGUGUCGUUUCUCACCAAAUUAGCCGCUAGCUUCGCAUUUGGCGCUGCCGGCGCCGCCUCGAUUAUAAAUACGUCCACGUACACCGUUGGGUGCGGCGAACGAGCCAUAAUCCUGAACCGAUUUGGAGGCGUAAUGAAGGAGAGUUUGGGGGAAGGAACUCACUUCGUCAUCCCAUGGCGGCAGAAGCCAAUUAUAUCCGACGUGGCUGCACGAACCCACAGUUUCGCCCCUGUUUCGCAGACCAGAGACCUCCAGUGGGUGAAUCUGAGAAUAUCCAUGCAGUCACGGCCGGAUGCGUCUCGACUUCCCGAUAUUUACAAAACCAUAGGGAUUUCGUAUGGCGAGAAUGUGAUCGCGCCUUGUAUCCGCGACGAGGUUCAGGAUGUGGUGGGUCAACUCCACGCCGACGAGCUUUUGAGCCACUGGGUUCGUGUGUCGGCGGUUCUGCGUGAGAGACUGAUUUCGCGAGCGAAGGAGGAUUUCAACAUUCUUCUAGAUGAUCAGGAAAAGUACAUUGAAUUUGGAGUUCCAUGACAGGGGAAAAAGAAGGUUGUUUGUCGCUUACCACACCCAAAAAC